AAACACUACUCAUGGAGAGAACUUGUUUCCUAUUUCCCUUUUUUUUGGCACUUCUCAAGCUACAAUGUUACAAGGCAAGCUUAGAUGUUGCAAAUGUUCCUAACAUUACCACCGAUCUAUCAGCUCUUCUUGCCUUAAAAUAUAGUAUUUCUUAUGAUCCUCAUAAUGUUUUGACAAACAACUGGUCCACUAACACCUUUGUUUGCAGCUGGGUUGGUGUUACUUGUGAUUCUCACCAUCAACGAGUAACCGCUUUGAACCUUUCUUACAUGGGUCUUGUAAGUACCAUUCCUCCACACAUGGGAAACAUUUCAUUUCUUGUUAGUCUAAACAUUGAAAACAAUAGUUUUUAUGGCUCUCUGCCAAACGAGUUGUCUCAUCUUUACAACUUGAAACAUUUAUCUAUUGGAUUCAAUAACUUCAACGGAGAAAUUCCAUCAUGGAUGGGGAUGUUAUCCAAACUUCAAAAUUUGUCUAUGUUUGGUAAUAGAUUCAUAGGAACUAUUCCACAAUCUCUAUCAAACAUAUCUUCUUUGCAAGUAAUUAAUCUUAGUUAUAACCAACUUUCGGGCUCAAUUCCAUCCUCCAUCUUCAACAUAUACAACUUGCAAAGAAUUGAUCUCAGAGAUAAUAUGCUUUCUGGUCCGAUGCCCUCCAUUACUUCCAAUAUGUCAUCACUGCAAAUCAUUAACCUAAGAAGUAAUAAUCUUUCUGGUCCACUCCCAAAUGAUACUUUUGAUAAUCUUCCCUACUUACAACGGCUUCGAGCAUCUUAUAAUCAAUUUUCUGGCCAACUCCCAUCUACUUUGUUCAAGUGCAAACAACUGCAGUAUCUGUCAUUGGUAAAUAAUGCUUUUACUGGAAGUAUAUCUCCAGAAAUUGGAAACUUCAUCAUGCUCACAGACUUAUACCUCGGCACAAACAACUUUAAAGGGACUAUCCCAUCCAGUUUGUUCAAGUGCAAUCAAUUACAGAUUUUAUGGUUGUCAGAUAAUAAAUUUACGGGAAGUGUACCUUUCGAAAUUGGGAACUUAACCAUGCUCGAAGCGUUAUACCUUGACAACAACAACUUUGAAGGAAGUGUACCUUUAGAAAUUGGAGACUUAAGUAUGCUCAAAGAGUUAUUCCUUAACGACAACAGUUUUGAAGGUGCAAUACCAAGUGAAAUUGGCCAUCUUCCAUCAAAUCUAGGCCUCUUCCUUCCAAAUCUUUUUGGGCUUUAUCUUGAAGGAAACAAACUGAGUGGAACAAUACCAAGCUCUAUCUCCAAUGCAUCACAACUCGCUGAACUAGAUCUGGGCAACAACUCUUUCUCGGGCUUAAUUCCUAGAUCACUUGGUAAUUUAAGGCUCCUCGUGUGGCUCACCCUAUCAGUAAAUAAUUUGACCCUUGGAUCUUCCACUCCUGAAUUCAACCUUUUCUCCUCUUUGUUUAAUUUGGCAUAUCUAAUAGAAUUAGAUUUGUCAAAUAAUCCACUGAAUGGCGUCAUUCCGAGUUCCAUUGGAAAUCUCUCUACUUCACUCCAGGAACUUCACAUGGAUAAUUGCAAUAUUAAGGGCCGCAUUCCUGGAUAUAUAGGAAAUUUAAGCAACUUGUUCUCUUUGGAGUUACAGAACAAUGAAUUGACUGGACCUAUUCCAACUUCAUUGGGAAGAUUGCACAAGCUUCAAGGUUUGAGACUUUAUAAUAAUAGACUAGACGGUCCCAUCCCAACUGAUCUCUGCCAUUUAGGGAACUUGUUUGAAUUGUUUUUACGCGGUAAUGAGCUUUCUGGAGACAUUCCUAUAUGCAUGCAUAAUAUGACUUCUCUAAGACAUAUUUACUUAGACUCCAAUCGAUUAACUUCUAUGAUUCCAUUGAGCUUGUGGAGCCUUACAUAUAUCUUAGUGGUUAACCUAUCAUCAAAUUCUCUAAAUGGUUCUCUCUCAUUAGAGAUUGGAAAUUUCAAGGUCUUGAGAGUAUUAGACUUAUCAAGAAAUCAACUAUCUGGUGGUAUCCCAAGAACAAUUGGUGGCCUCAAAGAUUUAGCUAAUCUCUCCUUGGCACACAAUCGAUUAGAAGGCUCAAUUCCUGAAUCUUUUGGUGAAUUGGUAAGCUUGGAAUUCUUGGAUCUUUCCAGUAACAAUUUAUCUGGUGAGAUUCCAAUGUCCUUAGAAGCAGUUUCACGACUCAAAUAUCUAAAUGUCUCUUUCAAUAGACUACAAGGAGAAAUUCCUGUAGGAGGACCAUUUGUGAACUUCUCUGCUGCAUCAUUUAUGUCAAACGAUGGACUUUGUGGUGCUCCUCGACUGCAUGUUCCCCCAUGUAAAGCAAGUGAACCUCGACGAAAAAAAACUGCAGCAGCACAUAUACUAAAGUAUGUAUUGCCAAUGAUUGGAUUAACAAUGCUUUUAGUUACUCUUAUGUUAGUCUGGACAAGACGCCGAAAAAGGAAUAUGAAAAUUAUAGUGGAGGAAAACCCAUUACCACUAGCCACGUGGAGAAAAAUUUCCCAACAAGAACUUCUACAAGCAACAGAAGGGUUUAGUGCAAGCAACUUACUUGGUAAGGGGAGCUUUGGAUCAGUAUACCAAGGGAGACUUUCAGAUGGAAUGAUUGUUGCAAUAAAAGUUUUUGACUUGGUAGUAGAAGGAGCUUUCAAGAGUUUUGAUACAGAGUGUGAGGUAUUGCGCAAUAUUCGUCAUCGAAAUCUUGUCAAAAUCAGCAGCACUUGUAGCAACAUGGACUUCAAAGCUUUUGUAUUGGAAUACAUGCCUAAUGGAAACCUAGAGAAAUGGUUGUACUCUAAAAACUACUGUUUGAGUAUCUUACAAAGAUUAAAUAUAAUGAUCGAUGUCGCGUCAGCACUGGAAUACCUUCAUCAUGGUUAUUCAACACCUAUUGUUCAUUGUGAUUUGAAGCCCAACAAUAUCUUAUUAGAUGAAGAUAUGGUUGCACAUGUUGCUGAUUUUGGCAUUGCCAAACUUUUAGGUGAUGGGGAUUCUAUGAUGCGCACCAUGACUCUCGCUACUAUUGGAUAUAUGGCACCAGAGUAUGGAUCGGAAGGACUUGUUUCUACAAGAGGCGAUGUCUAUAGUUAUGGUAUUUUGCUGAUGGAAACUUUCACAAGAAGGAAACCUACAGAUGACAUGUUUGCUGGAGAAAUGAGCUUAAAGCUUUGGGUAGAGGAAUCAUCAUCCCUUUCCGUAACUAAAGUGGUCGAUGCCGAUUUGUUGACAAGUGAAAUAGCUCAUGCUUAUACAGAGGAUUGCAUAUCAUCCAUAAUGGGGUUGGCAUUGCAUUGUUGUGCAGAGUUACCUCAACAAAGGGUUGAUGCAAAAAAUAUCUCAAUCAUGCUCAACAAGAUCAAAUUGAAGUUUCUACAGGAUAUUGAAGGAAGCUAGUAUGAGAGCACGAAGUUUGUCUAUAGCUCUUUCAUGUUUGUACUUUUGAAAUAAUAUAAGAGUCUUGAGACUCCUGUAAAGGGAUUUGUU